AUGAGCACUGCCAUUAGGUUAGUUUGCUUCGCAACGGCGUUGCUCAGUGUUUCCAGCUUCUCAAUACCAUUGAGACAGGACCCAGAGACCCUGUGCAUCGGCCAGCAGAAUUUCUUGAGAAUCGCAAAUGUCGAAAGCUGUACUUUCUACUACCAAUGCUACUCCGGCCAGUCGUACUCGAUGCAGUGUCCGUUCGGUUCAUGGUUCAACGAACAAGAACAGAUAUGUGACGAGUCUGAGGCACCAGAAGGUUGUGUGGUAGAAACAGAACCUACUCCAGAACCGGAACCAGAGGUAACUCCUGAACCAGAGGAAGAAGUUGAACAAGAACCAGAAGAACCAGAACCAGAAGAAGAACAAGAACCAGAACCAGAAGAAGAACAAGAACCAGAAGAAUCAGAACCAGAAGAAGAACAAGAACCAGAACCAGAAGAAGAACAAGAACCAGAAGAAGAACAAGAACCAGAAGAAGAACAAGUGCCAGAAGAGGAACAAGAACCAGAAGAGGAACAAGAGCCAGAAGAUGAACAAGAACCAGAAGACGAACCUGUCACAGAACGAGAGCCCGAGGAGGAGCCAGAACAAGACCAAGAAGAGGAAGAAGAACAAGCACCAGAAGACGAGAAUGAACCAGAAGUAGAAAACCCAGAAGAGGACUCUGAAGUAGAACAAGAGUCCGAGUCUAAUCAGGAGCCGGAAGAGAAUGAUGUAGACGACUCAGAACGACGAUUUAAAACAAGGAAAACAAGGCAAGUAGACUCGGAAGACGAUGGUGAUGAUGGGGAAGUUGACGCUGAGGAAGAGGAUGAUGAUGAUGCAAAUAAUGACGAGGACGAUGAAUCCGCACAAAAGUUCAAAAUAAGAAAAUUAAAGCAAUUAGAAGAUGAUGAUGAAAACUCUCCUAUAGAUGAAAAUGAAGACGACGACAAUGAAGAAGACGAGAACGUAGAUGAUCAGUCAGAUGAUGAUGAAAAUGACGAUGAGGAUUCUGACGAAUCUGUACGAAAAUUUAAAACAAGAAAACUGAAACAGUUAGAAACUGAUGAUGAGGAAUUGGAGCAGUCAGAUGACGAUGAAAAUGAAGAAUCGGAGAACAAUAUGGAAAGAGGUAGAGAACACAACCACAACCAUGGUCAACACCAUGAACAUAAUCAUGAACACGAUCAUGAACACAAUCAUGAACACAAUCAUGAACACGAUCAUGAACACAAUCAUGGACACGAUCAUGAACACAAUCAUGGUCAUCACGAUCAUAAUCACGACGAGUCCGAGGGAUCGGGCAGUGAAGAAAGCGAGGAACUAGUGGAUGUUAUUCCACAAGGAAUCCCCCUUCAGGAGGACGUUGAAAAAGAUGAUGAAACUGAUACACGAAGAUUGAAGCGGUCUUUCCAAGUGAUUGACAGUGAGGAAUUAGAAGAAUCUAUUGAACAAGAUGUUGCUGCUCAAAACAUCUUCUAUAGAUGGCUCGGCGCUAUUAACUAG